AUGGCGCCCCGGAACCGUAGAGAACGCCGUGCGGCUGCGGCGACGGGCUCCUCUGCCGACAGCUUUGAUCCAGACUCGAUCCCCAUGGCUCGUCCUCCAACCAGCCAAUUCGCAUCUCAAAAAAACGCUCGAACCCUCCUUGAAAUCGCGGCCGAACGACGAGCAGCUACAGGCAAAGCAGAAACUGAAUUCAUUCAUGUCUCUCCGUCUGGUCAGAUAGUCGGGGUAGAGAAACUUACCGACUUAUCUGGCUCUGCUGGUACUUCCGCCCCGGCAUCGGAAUCCGACCAUGACGACGAAGCUCCGGAGGACGACGCUGUUAUACCUCCGCUCGCAGACUCUAUUUUCCUUUCCCUUCCGCUGUCAGCUCUUCAUUUUACGCUAUCCUUUCUAGCCGCACAUCAGUAUGCAGAGGAGAUCCCGCUUCAGAAGUUAAUCCGAAACUCGCUAUUCGUUGCCUUUCCAGUUUUGACGUUCUUAAUUCAUUUUGCCCAUGGACACUUGGUUUCGAUCAGGCUGCCCAAUUUCCUUGAUAAAGGACCAGUGACAGGGGACGAGAUACCGGGUAGCCAAGCAGCUACUAGACUAUUUUCACUGAAGUCUCUUUUUCCGCUGACUACCCGCAAUAUCAUCUUCUGCGUGAUGGCCGUAGCUUCGGGGAUGCAUCUCAUCGCUACGGCAAACGAAGGCUCGUAUUAUGCAGUAAUGAAGAAAACACCGUCAAUUGGAACCUUAUGGGUCUGGUGUGUCCUGGAAAUAUCCCUUGGUCCGGCUAUCUUAGGCCUUUUAAUUCCUGUUAUAUGGUCAGUGGGGAUAAAGGGCCAUAGCAUCAUCUGA